AUGUAUGCAGUAAAGAGAUUCAACCAGAACUUCUCUAGCAAGAAAUGCUAUGAAACCGAGGUCAGAACAGUCCAUCUUCGCCAUGAAAACAUACUUGAGCUGAUGAGGGGAUGGUGUACUGAGAACCUUACUGAACCCUUGCUUGUAUACGACUAUAUGCCCAACAAGAGCCUCUACGAUGUCUUCUCGAGUGAUAAAAUCCUCUUAUGGCCUUACAGAUACAAUAUUGCCGUAGGUAUUGCUAAAGCUCUAGUGUAUCUUCAUCAUGAAUGUAAUCCUGCUGUGAUCCACUCAGAUAUCAAGGAAGAAAAUGUCUUGCUGGAUGCAGAAUUGAAUCCCAAAUUGGUAGACUUUGGCUUGUCUUUAAGUAGCUCUUCUUGUAUAUUACCAAUUCAGGAUACGGAUGAGGAUCCCUUAGGGUAUCAGCUUCAGGAAUGGGCGACACCGAAGAUACAUGUUUUUUUAUAUGGCUUAUUGGUGCUUGAGCUUUGCUGUAGGAGGACUGAGGGAUACUUGAAUUUUGUAGGAAAUCUUCGGAAUCUGAAAUCGGAAGGCAGACUUCUGGAAGCUGUGGAUGAGAAGUUAGGUGGGAAGUACAAUGAAGAAGAGAUGUUGAGGGUUCUAAAUGUGGGUCUGAAGUGCGUGGAUGAAGAAAUUGCGAAGAGGCCUUCAAUGGAGAAGGUGCUAGAAAAACUAUUAGGUGAUCAAGAGAAACAAGAAGAAGAAGGUCCUUGUUUCAUAAUUGAAGUAAAUGAAUGA